CAGCUGAUAUCGUGAUUGAAUCAGCCGCUCUCCCGGGUUAGUCGGGGCGCCGCGGUUCCUGAAGUGCUCGCGAGGGCGGAGCGACUUUUUAAUUUUACCCGAAUUCGCGAAACUUCGGCAAAUGGUCGCUUGUCCAAUCACAGAGGGAGUCACUAAUAUGCAAAUACGUCGUUAUCAGAGUCACGUCAGCAGCAGCAGAGCGGCUGUGGCCAGCAGGAGAGCGACUAACAACACGGCUACAACUUCGCCGAUAACACCCCGUCUACAUUCACCACCCGAGUCGGGCUUCGUGGUUAGUUUCAGGUAUGUACAAUAAUGGACAUGCUGUAACUCUGUAGACAUACUUGUUGGGACCAUAUUGGACCAUAUUUGGUGGUGUUUCCAAGGUUCCUGUCACAUUCUGUCAUCUGCCAUGGACUUCUUUGAUGACCCCAACCUCUUUGUUGGAAGUUUGGAUGAGCUGGAGGAGGAUGGCUUCUCUUCAGCACCAUCACUUGUGGAUGAACUAAAUCUCAGUGCUGACUUUGAACCCCUCCAAAUGGCAGCACUUAACCCAAGUAAGCAUCAAGACAUGAUGUCACCGGCCUCUUCCCAACAAGGCUUACCCAGUUACAAUCAGCCAGUGGCUCAGUACAUCGGUGCAAAGGCACAAAAUUCUAUGGAACAGUCAUUUUCAGGUUCUCAUAACACAGAGUGUGGCAUGAUUGCAGAGCAACAUGUCCAGUACAAUAAUAUCACCAUUAACCAAGUACCUCAAGCCAAUGGGUUGUUCUGCAACAAUGGAAGUCCAAUGUGGGGCAACCAAGACCAAAACGGAAAUGUGUUCCACCCAUUGUCUCAACAGCAACAACAGGUUUGUCAUCAGCAACUGCACAACCAACAACUUCACGUCAGACAACAUCUUCAACACCAUGCUUCUCAUCAUCAGCAGGAGGAGCAGCAGCAGCAGCACAGGAUGCGGCUGCAACAACUUCAACAACGGCACAAUCAUCCACAACAACUAUUAAACCAGCAUCAACAAAUUGGCACAGCAAAUGUCUCUCUGCAGCAACAGCAACAUCGCAAUUUUUCUUUUCAUCAGGGAGGUCAGGCCAGCAGCCAUCAGCAAAUGCACCAUACUCAACAGCAGGUUCAACAUCAGCUACCUGCAAGAGAACUACAGUUUCAUUCCAGAUCUAUUCCUAGUAAGUCUUGUUUGGAAAGUCAAAAUUCGUCUCGGUUGCAAACAGAGCAACAGCAGGGUAACUACCAGUUGCUCAGAAGAGGUCAAUCAUUCUCCCAGUCAGGACUGGAAGAUUCUCACCUGUCAUUCCCCAUGCAUUCACCAUCUGUAAUUCACUCCCUGACAACAUGCUCCAUCAGUUCUGCUAAUGCUUACCAACCGGCUGAGUACCCUGCCUACCCUGGAGAGCCAGAAAUACCUAGUCUCAGUCAGCAGUCUUUAUCCACAGCCUCAAAAUGUAGACCUAUCACGACUGCAACACAUACAUCUACUGUUUCUGGGCUAUCAGGGGCAACAUGUCGGUUUCAGUCUACAGCACUCAUGAGCCAACUGCACUCUAGAACAACAACAACUACUAACCAGACAGAGCAGUGUCCCUUCAGAACACUGCGUUGUACUGGGGAAACCCAGGGAAAUUCAUCCGAGAUGUUUGGUGAGUCAGUGAGUUGCUAUCCUAGCAUUGCAAGCCAACUGCUCCCUCAGCAGCCUUUGAGCUGUGGAGCUAUCAACACUAAUGGAUACCAAGCUUUCAGAGACGAUUUUCUUCCAUCAGAGGCCCAGGAUGGAGACUUGGAACAGCUGGAACCACCUGACCUCUUGCCUGACCUGCUACCUCAGCUGGAAGAUGAUUUCACAAAACAAGACAAAUCUAGCUUUUCAUGGGUUGAAGCUAGCCAGAAGAAUGGAUAUGAAGACAGAAAACUAACAUCUUUUGAAUGCAAGGAUGAAAAGGAAACCUGUAAUCAGCAGUAG